GUCAAACUACCUAACGGUUACUGAGUUGGGUAGUGUGGUAUCGACGGUUGAGAGGUUAGGUGUCAAUGUUCUGUUAAAAUACAUUUUAACUGUUUUUUUUAAUAGUGCGAGUAUGCCGACAUGGAAUCAGAUUCAGUCACAAUUACGAAAUCCCAACAACCCAGUAGUAUUUUUUGACAUUAGCGUUGGAACGACCGAAAUUGGACGAAUGAUACUUGAGCUUUUUGCAGAUGUUGUACCAAAGACAUGUGAAAAUUUUAGAGAAUUUUGUACAGGGGAGUAUCGACGAGAUGGUGUGCCUCUUGGAUAUAAGGGAGCAAUAUUCCACCGUGUUAUAAAAGACUUCAUGAUUCAGGGUGGAGAUUUUGUAAAUGGUGAUGGUACAGGAGUGAUGAGUGUGUAUGGUGGAGGAACAUUUGCAGAUGAGAAUUUCAACUUGAAGCAUGAUGCUCCUGGUUUAUUAUCUAUGGCAAACAGUGGUAAAGACACAAAUGGAUGUCAGUUUUUCAUUACAUGUGCAAAGUGCAACUUCCUGGAUGGAAAACAUGUUGUGUUUGGUAGAGUCGUGGAUGGACUGCUGGUGAUGAGAAAAAUAGAGAAUGUUCCUACAGGUCCAAACAACAAACCAAAAAUUCCAGUUGUCAUAUCACAGUGUGGUCAGAUGUAAUGCCAUUCAUGUAUAAGACUUGAAGUUCUCAGUGAUGAAGAUUCAUGCAUUGUCUUGACUAUGAUAGCCUGUUGCAGUCUAAUAGCUAGGUUCCACCAACAUUCCAAAGAAUUUACUAGAGUAGGAGACAGUGAGUUCCUCCAGAACAUUGGUACUCAUCUGCAAGACUACAUCAGAGGUCAUAAUGACCUAGAUCACAGUAUGAAUUAUUCAUAUGCUUGAGAUGAUGCACAUCAGUUACAAACUUUCCAAGAUACAAUAUCUAAAUAAAGACUGACACAAUCCAAAAUGAAAAUUCUGUA